UUAAACAGGGUGAUAGAAUAGUGUAGUUAGGGCUCAGCUGUGGUUAUGUUCACAUCAGCCAACACAUUGAUUUGGUUGAGAGUGAUGAAUAAUGCUGGUCUGUGGGGGAAGGGUUGAUUUAAGCACACAUAAUGAUUCUCUCUAGAAUGUUGUCUUUUCUUCUUAGGUCAGAGCGGUGCUGGCAACAACUGGGCAAAGGGCCACUACACGGAGGGUGCAGAACUCGUGGACUCAGUUCUUGAUGUGGUCAGGAAGGAGGCCGAGAACUGUGACUGCCUGCAGGGCUUCCAGCUCAUACAUUCCCUGGGUGGUGGUACCGGCUCUGGCAUGGGUACCCUGCUCAUCAGCAAGAUCCGGGAAGAGUACCCCGACCGCAUUAUGAACACCUUCAGCGUUGUGCCAUCCCCAAAGGUGUCCGAUACAGUGGUGGAGCCCUACAACGCCACGUUAUCCAUUCCCCAGUUGGUGGAGAACACAGACGAGACCUACUGCAUUGACAAUGAAGCACUGUAUGAUAUCUGUUUCCGCACACUUAAACUGACCACUCCUACCUAUGGUGACCUCAACCACCUCGUCUCUGCCACCAUGAGUGGAGUUACCACCUGCCUGCGCUUCCCUGGUCAGCUUAACGCAGAUCUCCGUAAACUCGCCGUCAACAUGGUGCCUUUCCCCCGUCUGCACUUCUUCAUGCCUGGCUUCGCCCCCCUUACCAGCAGAGGCAGCCAGCAGUACAGAGCCCUCAAUGUUCUUGAGCUGACCCAGCAAAUGUUUGACGCCAAGAACAUGAUGGCUGCCUGCGAUCCACGUCACGGCCGCUACCUCACAGUGGCUGCCAUCUUCCGUGGUCGCAUGUCCAUGAAGGAGGUGGACGAGCAGAUGCUCAAUGUCCAGAACAAGAACAGCAGUUACUUUGUGGAAUGGAUCCCCAACAACGUGAAGACCGCUGUAUGCGACAUCCCACCCAGGGGCCACAAGAUGGCUGCUACCUUCAUCGGCAACAGCACCGCCAUCCAGGAGCUGUUCAAGCGCAUCUCCGAGCAGUUCACUGCCAUGUUCAGGCGCAAGGCUUUCCUGCAUUGGUACACAGGAGAGGGCAUGGAUGAGAUGGAGUUCACAGAGGCCGAGAGCAACAUGAAUGACCUGGUGUCCUAGUACCAGCAGUACCAGGAUGCCACCGUUGAGGACAAUUUUGAUGAGGACGAAGAGAUUGCUUAAAAAGGUUUACUGAACAAUUUGGAUAAAGCACCACUGUUUUCCAACAGCAAAUCAAAAAUACUGUCUUCAUGUAGCUUCCUAUCUUCUUACACACACACACACAACAAUACACCGGCUUGGCUAUGACACAUGAUUAACAUUCAAACAGAAAUAUCUCUUUGUUAUUAUUCGCUGGAUGUUGUCGCCCCACAUUUUUGUAGACCUUGUCAUAAAGCGUCUGUCUAUUUUUAACAUUUUUGUAGACCUUGCCAUAAAGCGUCUGUCUAUUUUUAACAUUUUUGUUCUACAUGUUGUCCUGAAUUAUUAGUGCAUAUUUGAAUGCAUGCCACUGAUAAACUGCAGUGCUGGGUUCACAUUUAUGGAAAUAGUUAUGAAGUAUCAGACAAGUACUGUAUUGCCUCAGUUUAUAUUUAAAAAAAGAAAUUGACUGUAAAUAAUAAUACAUACACAGUUCAGUUUGAACCCAAUUAACAACAGAAACAUGUUGGUGCAGUGUGCGUCAAAAAUCACAUAUAGAAAGACCAUAGACGUUUCAGAUUUGAUUUGAUGUAUAGACAAGAUAUUUGAAGAAGAGUUAUCCUUCUAUUCUCUUCUCACAAAUGUGAAGUACCAGCAUCACUCUUUAAAUGCAGAAUCUAU